AGCACGAGUCGAGCGCAGAGUUUAACAAACAGAAAGUGAUAGAGGUCGGGAAACAGACACUUAUCGCGCCGAAACAGCACACGGACGCGUUUCUCGAGCGUUAAAGAGACUCUGGGACGGGAAACUGGUACGGAUAUAUUUAUAUUAAAUCAGAGUUUUGAGCAAUGCGUUGGCAGCAUGGCCAAAUGGUUCAAGGAGCACCUGGGUUUCAAAACCACCAAAGCCCCACCACCGGCGCCCCCGAAACCGGACUACCGACACUUCCACACCACUGUAUCCAGUUCGCCCGGAUAUCUCCUCCAGCAGCAGCAGCAACAGCAGCAGUCGGGCUCCGGGUUCAUGUCCGCUCAGCCCGAUAUUAUCACCGCGUACAAACUCCAGAAGGAGCUCGACUUCGAGGAUCCGUACACGGGAGGCGGAAAUAUUCCCUUCUCUACUGGACUUGGUUCAGUGGGUUCGCCGGACGUCAAGUACGUGUCUCCGAAACACCGGCUUAUAAAGGUGGAGACAGUCGAGAGAAGCGGGUCGAGCUCGGGCAGCAGUAGCGGGGUUACAGCGGUGAAAUCCCCCAGCUCUCCACCUGCCGAACCCGAGAGCAGCGGCGGAGGCAAACAGGAGAAGCUCACAAUCCUAGAGGACUAUGCAGACCCCUUUGAUGCAGCGGACCAAGCGGGCAGCACCCAGACGGUCACAGAAAAGCCGACCGAAAACGACGGCUACAUGGAACCGUACGAGGCCCAGAUGAUGAUGGCUGAAAUCCGAAGUGGUCGUGGUUCUAAAGACGGUUUAGUUCGGCAGCUACCUCUAUACGACAUCCCCUAUGAGGAGAAUGGAGGAGAACCGGAUGGAGGCCAGUGUUCUCGUGAGAGCAGACUACCCCAGGAUGACGAAAGGCCACCCGAGGAGUACGACCAGCCCUGGGAGUGGAAAAAAGAGCGGAUAUCUAAAGCCUUUGCAGCUCUGCUUUGUUAUGGCUGCAUUAGUCACGAGGACUCAGCCAGCAGAGGACCAAGCAGCAGAGAUGCCAACAUCUCUCGACCCCUCAAAGUAGAGAUUAAAGUGAUUAAGGAGCUGCCCUGGCCUCCUCCAGUUGGGCAGCUCAACACCAGUCCACCUAUAUUGGAGGGGGUGGAGGCUCCGUCCCAGCCUGCCCAGUCCUCACCAGGACAUAAUGCCACAGCAACUGCCUGUGACCAGCACCAACACGUGCAGUUUGACGGUGUGGAAAAGUCCAGAAUGUCGCCCACGAAAGACAUGAAGUCCCGUCCACUCCAGAGGCACUCUAGCGGCUGCCUGGUCAACACUAAGAUGAGCUCACUGGAUCACAACGCUCCCGCAGUAGGGGAACGCAUAGACCCCUCCAUGCCUCUGGAAAGCCAGUUCUGGUAUCACGGAGCAAUUAGUCGGACCGAUGCAGAGUCUCUGCUGAGGUUGUGUAAAGAGGCCAGUUAUCUGGUGAGAAACAGCGAGACCAGCAAAAAUGACUUCUCCCUGUCACUCAAGAGCAGUCAAGGUUUCAUGCAUAUGAAGCUGUCGCGGACCAAAGAUAAUAAGUAUGUACUGGGCCAGAACAGCUGCCUGUUCGACAGCGUGCCUGAGAUCAUCCACUUUUACUCCAGUCGCAAACUGCCAAUCAAAGGAGCUGAACACAUGUCCCUGCUUUACCCGGUGGCCAUACGGACACUAUAGUAAACAUACGGUGUAAAAUGUACAGUUUUACAGCAGGACAGCUACAGCAGCCAUUCAUAAAUGCUUAACAAACAGAACUACAGAAUGAGGAACACAAUCGUCUUUAUCAUUUUAGGUUUUAUAGGCUUGUUAUAACACAAUGCUUUGGUUAAGCGUUUAUAAAUGGCUGCAUAAGACCAUCAAUAAACUAAAGUGCUACUGAAGUCCCAAAGGCAAAAAGGGAGAUUUCUGGAAAGCUUAAUUCGUCUCGCCCAAGCUCAAUGGACUAAUGGAGCAGAACUGACCACAGUACGGAAGAAAAUGACUUCUCUGCAGCAUUACCUUCUCAAACAUGCCCUUCUCCCUGAUCCCAGACCUGCUCUUAUUUCACAUAAGUGGAUCUUUAGUCUUAGACCUGCACCUCACACUUUAUCAAUAUCAUUUCCUCUACUGUUACAUAUUGUAAAAACUUGACAUUGACAUCAUCAUGAAAAAUUGAUCUUUCUGAAUAUUUGGAUAUUGUCUCACAACUGUUUUGUUUAUACUGCUUAUUUCUUUAAAAAAACACACACAUAAAUGAGGGGUUCGCACAGUCCUAGAAAACCUGAAAAAUUUCAUGGAAAUUUCCCAGGUCUGGAAAACAUGGAGGUGAAAUCUUAAUUUACAUUACACUAGUUAAGGUCUGAUUUAAAAUGUUUAAUUCAUUUGAAUUGUUUUUCCUGAGUGAAUCAGUCACGAGAUUUACAAAUUUGUCUAAAUGAUUCAUUUGCAUUUCUGUCUUAGUUUCAAUGAUACUUAAAGAUGUAUAUGUAGAUAUCCCAAACGACUGAAAAGGUCAUAAAAUUCAUUGGCUAAUAGGUGUGGGAAUCCUUUUAGUUGAUCCAAGACACUUCAAACACUUUCAGGAAAAAAUUGUCAAAAUAUGUACCCUAGCUAUCACGAGGUUUGCACCUUAGUAUCACAAAGGUACAAAUUGGUACCAAAUGUAUACAUAUCUGUACCUAAAUGGUACAUAUUAAGACCUUUUUAAAAGGUAAAGCCCUAGUGACAGCUGGGGUUCAUAUUUUGACUUUUUUUCUUACAAUGGAAAUAAACAAAAGCAGUCGAAUCCUACUUCAAUUUCCAGAACCUCAUCAUCUGGACUGUCAUAUUGUCUCAAUAUACAAAGCUAGUUGGGUUUGGUAAAAUAUAAAUGAUUGGACCUCUUAAAACAAUUACAGAAAAGGUUAAGACAUUUUCUCAGUUAGAUUUACAGUACAAAUACGUUCUGACUGAAUUUAACUCCACACUGUCUUAGUGAAAAUGUAUGAAAGUUCAUACAGACCCUAAUAACAAUAAGAAUAUGCUAAUAACAGAAUGAAAAUGUGUUGGGUAAAGAUUUAUGGAUGAAAAGAGAUUGAUGGUGCCAUUUAAGUUUAUUUGGGCAGGGUCGGUAUAUCAGAAUAUAGUAGACACUUGAUCUAUGCCACCUGUCUUAGUAGUGCAUGGACUGGAUCGCCCUGUUUCUCAAGUAUGAAAAGGACCUUUAAAAAAUAUGAGUCACUUUAUACUCCAUCAGAGUUUAGGAUGAUCUUGAAUAAGGGGAAUGAAAUAUGCCUGUAUAUUGUCUACCUCAGAAAAUCAAUUUCAUUCAUCCAUCCACUGAUCAAUAAGGUACAGUAGGCAUUGCAGAUAUGAAUUCAUUUGAUUCUUCCUAUUUUUUUUUUUUUUUAGUUUUAGCUCCUUCACCUGAACACAAUCAAAAGCCGUUUUCUCUCUGUUUUAACCAUCAUUUCUAUGGAAAGUCACACUGUAAUUUUGUGAUACGCGUGACUUUGUUUGGUUAAUGCCUUAUACUGUAAUGCAUGGUAUAAAAAAGAAAAGAAAAAUCAAACUGAUUUACAAACGUUCUGCUUUCAAUGAAUGUUUUGUGGCUGUAAUUUAUUAUGGAGAAAAGAAAAAAAUACUAUUACUGAUGUUUUAGUCCUAUAGUCAACUAAGACAAUGAAGAUGUUUUCGGCCAGUGUACGUGUUUGUAUGUGUGUGAUGAUGCUGGUGUGCCAUAUAUCUGACCUUACUUUUCUUUUAAACCCCACCCCACCCCAAUCUAAAGACUGAUACUCGGUACAAUGUUUGCCAUGGAGACCAUUUAAAACAGACUGACCAAACCUUGUCAAUGUAUCUCCCUUUUCCUGGCCCCCAUUUUUCUCAUUUGCCGGCACCGUUGUGUUUUUAUCAGUUUCUGUUUAAAUAUGUUACACUUAUGAGCACAGAUGUGGUACAGACUUUGUUUAAUUAUUUCGCUUGCUGUUUUCAAUGCUGCCACUAAGACUUUAUUUUCCUACAUUUACUUUUCCAAAUGACUUUCUUGUGGACAUAUUGUGUAAAAAUCCUUAAAGGAAUAGUUCACCCCCAAAAUUUGUCAUCAUUCACUUAUUUUGUUCCAAACUGCUAUAUAAUAGUCAAUAUAAUGUACAUCAUAUUUUAAGUCCUCCUCAGUCAUAUGAUGGCUUUGUAAGGACCAGGCCAAAUUGAAUAUAAAUGAAUGGCUGAAUAACUUGCUGAUCAUUCUCAGAUCUUAUAAAGAUAAUAAAAAAUGAAACAGCAUACAGGUUUGAAACGUCACAAGAGUGUUUGAUGACAGAAUUUUUUUUUUUUGGUGAACUGUUCCUUUAAAUGUUAUUUGCACCAAGUCUGUAAAAAGAUAUCUUUGUUCUUACAGUAAAAUCUCCAAGAACCACGUUGCACAUCAUUGCAUUAUGCUGAAAUGUGAAACUAUUAAUGCUCUUGAUUGUUAAUCGCCUCUUCCAGUAAUUCUGUAAUUAUUCACACAAACGCGAAGACAACAGCUCUAAACUGCUCCAUAUCCAAUUCUCUCGAUCCCAGGGGUUCAAUGAAAAGGAGCAUCAUGCAGUAUAUGUGUCUUUCCCCGGAAAUGCAUUCGUGUUGUAGAGACAGACCCAGAGGAGAGAGCUCUCAGAGACAUGAUGGCUGUUUUUAGAUGGGCCGGUGCAGAUGUGUCUCGCAACAGAAACAAGCAGCCUUAAGCUUUAAUAAGAAUGGGUCCAGGACUUUGUGUUUUCCUUUGGAAGAGAAGGGAGUCAUUCUGGCCUAAAUCAGAGGGAAGAUGAAUGUACAGUUUGUAUGAGAGACCCUCGACUAUUCAUAAAAGCUGUUAUGAGAUGAAUGAGGUUUGGGUACUGUAUGUGACCCACAAGAUCAUUUGUUUUAUGAAUUAUCACUAUGCUAACUGUUAAUAUAGAUGGCCUCAGAAAGAAUUCGGAGACAUUGGUGACCCUGCCUGUGAAAACCUAGCCCAAGUAUUUUUUAUGUGAUUUACUACAUAAAAUCAUCAUAUAAUGUAAAUAACUUUCGGUGAAAAUAUAACCCUGAUGUAUUUAAUAUUGACUAAGGUCAUGUCAAAGAUUAACAUCAAUGAUUGAAAUCAAACAUUGAUGCACAGAACCUCAGAUUCAAUUCAAUUUUAUUUAUAUAGCGCAAAAUAAAAUUUCAAAUGUUUCAAAGCAGCUUUACAUUAAUAGAUGUAGGAAAAGCAUAGAAAAGCGAGCUUAGUAAUAAUGUAACGUAUACAGUAAAGUAGUAAGUUAAGUCAAAGGUGGCAGACUCUCCAGGGGAUGAAAAAACCCCUUAAAAGGCUUUCACAGAUAGGGUCAACUUUUUCCAUUAAAAAUAUUGAAAAUUAAGUGGCAUUUAUUAUAAAGAUAACACAAGCAAAGUGCCAUUUCACAAAAAUAUAUUUAGUAGACUUCAAAAAAUACAAUUAUGAUGUAAGCAUACAAUAUCCAUCUCCUGGAUGGAUUAUUAUUAAAUCUUUUGACUGUGCAAUAAAUUUAAAUCAUUAUUGCAAAGUUUUAGAAAAGUUUUUUUGCAGAUGGUGUUUUUGAUGUUUUGCUAUUUAAUGCAAUGCCAUUCAAGAAUUUUUUGCAAGUGUCCGAAUAAUUUCCGAAGAGAUUGUGAAUGCGGAUUGCUGGUUAACAUUUCUAUUUAUUGCAGGCAAAGAGACAAGUGAUCAGACAUUUUAAGAUGUCUGUUUAGAAAAGAGAUUAAGAAGAAACCAAAAGGAAAUUAGAAGCCAUGAAACACUGAAAGAUUCAGAAAGUUGCAUGAAGGACAGAAGAUUAAAAUGAAUGCAGACCAAGAGAGUUGUGUAGAAGAUAGAUAUGAGGGAGGAGAGACCAAAUCUCUGUUGGUUUCGUUGUUUGUCAACCUAUAUGCUUCAUUUCCACUUCACACAGUCUGCUUCUGUAUUUCUCAAUGCGUGUUGACAAGCAUCCUAACAAAGAAAGUGCGUGAAUGUGUUUGUGUGCUGCCAGUUUCCAUUGACCCAACCGAGUCUGUAUCAGGCUCCUCUGUGUGCGUGUGUCUUCUGCUGUAUCUUAGGUGGUUUUAUUUUUAUAUGUUUGAGAUUUGUGUGAUGAAAUGGUGUACAUUUUCUUCCCGUGUAUGCACUAACAUGACAUCUGUACAGUACCUCUUCGCCAAAUGUAUAUACUGAAUGUAAUGUUUAGGGACGUAGAGGCUUUGAAAUUCUGACAAAUAAAGUUUAUGGGUCUAACUUA